UGUUGCCGAGAACGCUUUCCUAACGGUGUUUAAGUAAAGCGCAUAAGGUUGUAAAAAGCAAAAAUGAUUGAAAUAGCGGGUUGGAAUUUGUCUAAUAUUAAGCAAGAACUUGUAACAGCAAACAGGGAAUUUGCUUCACGACGUUUGACUCACAGUGCAAAAUGGUGUGCAGAGAUGUCAUUUGCCUUAAAUAAAUAUACAGACAAAGAUAAAGUUAAAGAUGAGCUUCAAAAAGAACCAGACUCGUUGUUCGUGGAUGAGUACGAUCAGUACACACUGGCUACGUCCUACUUUGACUUGAAGGAAUACGACCGAGCAGCAUACUUCCUCAAGGACUGUCUGAGUCCCAAAUGCUACUUUCUGUACAUGUAUGCACAGUAUUUGGCAGACGAGAAAAGAAAACUGGACAAAGCAUCAGACUCUAUAGGACCUCCAGACCAGCUUGAAAAUGAGCAUCUGAAGACACUAAGGAUUGAACUCAGCAAAAAGUAUGCCAACCGCGAGCUGGAUGGAUACUCCCUGUAUCUGUAUGGAGUUAUCCUGAAGAAACUGGACCUGUUGAAGGAUGCCAUAGAGAUUCUGCUGGAGUCCCUUCGUAUGGAACCCAUGCACUGGGGUACCUGGCAGGAGUUAGUGCCCUUGGUUGGCGACAAGGAAAUGUUGAUGUCACUUAGUCUGCCAAGCCACUGGAUGAAGCAGUUCUUUGUGGCGUUGGUCUAUCUUGAGCUCCAACUGAAUGAGGAGGCAUUGAGGAUCUACCAGAGCAUGGAGGAGAACGGGCUAGAGAGCAGCACAUAUGUGGUGUCCAACAUUGCUGUGGCCUUCCAUAACAUGAGGGAUGUGGACGCUGCCCUGACCUCGUUCAACGAGCUCCAGAAGUUAGACCCUUACCGCCUGGAGAACAUGGACACGUUCAGCAACCUGUUGUACGUGAAGGAGAUGCGAUACGACCUGGCCUACCUUGCACACAAGCUCAGCGACAUUGACAAGUACCGAGUGGAGACAUGCUGCGUCAUAGGCAACUACUACUCAUUGAGGUCAGAGCACGAAAAGGCGGCACUGUACUUCCAGCGCUCCAUCAAGCUCAACCCCCUGUACCUGUCUGCCUGGACCCUCAUGGGACACGAGUUCAUGGAGAUGAAAAACACCAAUGCAGCCAUACAGGCCUACAGACAAGCACUUGAGGUGAACAAGCGUGACUACCGCGCCUGGUAUGGACUGGGACAGACGUAUGAAAUCCUGAAGAUGCCUUACUACUGCCUCUACUACUACAGGAAUGCUCAGAAGCUCAGGCCCAAUGACAGUCGGAUGAUCAUGGCCCUUGGGGAAUCAUAUGAGAAGCUGGACCGUCUACAGGAGGCCAAGAAGUGUUUCUGGAAGGCCCACAGGGUCGGGGACAUCGAAGGGUCCUCACUACUCAAGCUGGCCAGGCUACAUGAGAGGUUGGGGGAGGAGGCCCAGGCUGCUGGAGCCUACAACGAGUUCAUAAACAAGCUUGGCAAGUCGUACAGCUAUGAUGGUCAAAGUGAGGCCUACAAGUACAUGGCAUAUUAUUACCUGAAGAAUGGACAGCUGGACGCAGCAGGACAGGCUGCACAGACUUGCUCGGAGUUCACCGAGACACGUGAAGAAGCAAAGGCCAUUCUGAAGCAGAUCCAACAGCUGCGUCAGGAGAAGCCCGGACCACGUCGCGAGGUUGCGAUGGACGACACAUACGACUCCAUCCUGAACAAUGACUCGUUCCAGUCCCAUAACAACACACCCCUCAAUCUGCCCACUGUCAUGAACUUGAGGUUUGAUACACCGUGAUGGAGGCAUCGUCGGUGUUCCGGUGUACAAGAUGUUGAAAUGUGUUCAUUAGGUUGAGAAAUCAGAUCUGUUUUUGUUAAAUGAAGCUUGCAACUGCUAAAGUUGUUAAUAAUUGUUUAUAUCUGUUGUGUACAUUAAAAUGUGUAAAAGAG